AUGCCGCAUCAGGCAGUUUAUAGAGAAGAAAGCAUUACAACAAAAAUGCGUAUUGUAUUUGAUGCGAGCUCGCAUGAAAUAGGUAGUCUGUCCCUGAAUGAUUGUUUGUGGCCAGGUAUUAAUCUGAAUCAAAAUAUAUUUCACUUGCUGAUACAUUUUAGAUUUAAUAGAGUUGCAAUCUUAGGAGAUAUCGAAAAGGCAUUUUUACAGAUCGUGUUAGCUGAAAAAGAUCGAGAUUCAGUUAGAUUUUUAUUUGUUAAGAAUAUUGAUACACAUUUGCAGAAUACCGACGAUCAGCUAGAAGUGUAUAGAUUUAAGCGUGUGCUCUUUGGUGUUAAUUCCAGUCCUUUUUUGUUAGCGGCAACUAUAAAGCUGCAUAUCCAAAAGUACAGAAAUGUGUAUCCCGAUACCUUUCAAAUUCUUGAUACAUGUAUGUAUGUUGAUGAUCUUGUUACAGGAGCAGAUGAUGUAUCAGAAGCCUUAAAAACUUCAAGGGAAGCAAAGGAAAUUAUGCGUGGAGCUGGGAUGAAUCUACGCAAAUGGGUAACAAAUGAUUAUCAUUUAGCUAAAAAAUGGGAAGAAGAAAAUUUUGAUAUUCAUCCCCUAAGCUCAAAUGAAAAGAUACUGAAGGUAUUAGGAAUUCAAUGGAACAUUCAGGAAGAUAGUUUGAGUAUAGAGACUUCUUGUUUGACGAAAAUUUCGAGGAGAAAGAAAAGUACCAAACGCUUCAUCCUCCAAACAGCUGGAAAAAUAUAUGAUCCUCUUGGACUCAUCACACCAUUCACUGUUAGAAUAAAACUCUUACUACAAAAGCUAUGGUUACGUAAAUUACCAUGGGAUGAAGAGCUUCCUUCUGAUUUGAACGACGAGUGGUAUGAGUGGUGUAGCGAGCUUUCAGAACUUAGUAACAUUAGUGUUCCAAGAUUUGCUUUUGGAUUCAUGUGA